GCUGUCUCGCCUGCUUCCCUGCCGUGCCACACGCACACACACAGACACACACACGUCUCUCCCCCUUCUCUUCCCGCCUCCUCUGUCCUGUACGUCCUUGAGGACCCCACCACACGUCAUCCGCACCACCACCGCACGAAGUGGAGAAGUAGAAGAAUCGAGGAAGCGUUUUCAGGUAAAGCAAGCAAACAAGCUCUAACGCAAAGGAACAGAAUUCUCCGUUGCGCGCGACUUGUCGUUUUUUUGCUCGUCCGCGUUCCCAUGGAUCUUGUGUGCCGCAGCUGCGGGGCUCCCGCGUGCAUCGUGGUGUCGGCGCAGCGGGCCCAUUCGACCCAGCUCGGCGAUGCAGCAGCGAGUGCAGCGGUGACGUCAGACGAUGAACAGCCGCCUCUUGCCAGGUUUUGCGUGCACUGCGGGUGUGCGAUGCAUCUCACUCUCUCCCCGUUGUCGGACAGCGGAGGAACGAAACCGCCAAAAUGGAAUGCAAGGGAGACGGAGUUUGGCCAAGGAAGAUCCUCGUCUUCUUCUCUGUUCCUACCGUUCUAUGAGGACGCCGAGCAGACGUCCCCGGCGGUGCCGUUGUCCGUCGUGCACACCGUCGCGCGGGCUCUCGCAUGCGCCCACCUGCGCGAGCGACGGUUCCUGGUGCGAGAGCUCGCCCGGCUGCGAGCGGAGGCUUCCUCUACACAGCCUGUGUUACCCCCUUCUUUCUCUCCUUGCUGUCGAAGCGCGAGCUCGGCCGCCGCAGUGCCGCUGCGUGGCUCAGCUCGCCUAUCAGAGGGUGCACGCGUUGCUGACGAGCGCGAGCCCCGACGUGGGAAGGUGGCCGUCGCUCCUCCGCAGUCCGGUGCGUCUUCAACAGACCGUGGGCCUCAGCGGUCCCCCACCGACCUUGGAAAAGCAAGACCUCCCGCUCCACAACAGUGCCGCGCCGGCAGCGGGCGCUGCUCCUCUAGCCACGAUUGGUCGCGUAGCCGCUCGCCCUCCGUCGUCAUCCCACCUUCCGACCGUAGCACUGCCGGGAAUGCUGCGCUGCUGCUACCGCCACCGCCUCCGCGGUGCUCGCAAACACUGCCGCGGCAUUCGCGUAGCUACGACAGCGACGUGGCGGUUCCGGUCUCCGUUCCUGCUGGGAGCAAGGCAACGGAUGCGCAGUGCGGUCCGCUCGUCUUCGUCGAUGGGGAUUUGCCCACCGCAGCGAGGCCAUUUUUUCCUUCACCGUUGCCAUGCGGGGUUGUGCUGGACGCAGAGGAGAAGGCGCAGCAGCAGGAGCAGCGACUGGCGUACGAGCGUCUACGCGAUGCCCUCCUUCAGCAGCUGUGA